CGGCAUGUAGCGUCCGCAGGUUAAAGAAGGGUUGAGCUUCUGUAUGGUCGCGUGGGAUGCAUCCGGGUGCAAUUGCGCCGAGAGAGGGAUGAAUGUGCUGCAGAUGAUUGUCCGUAUGGGUCCCUUCGGGCGAUGAAGUACGGUGUUUGGCUUCUGGCAGUUCCACCACCUCUUCUAUUCUGUAUCACUUCAUUACGGGAGGUGAAUGUCCAGUCUUCCUGCUCUCCUUCGAUCUCCGUCUGUCUGCUCUCCUUCGUCUCCGUCUUCCUACUUAUCCACGCCUUCGUCGUCCUCCGAAACCGAGCUUGGAAGGGGUUCUUGAUAUCGGCGCCUUGGUUUCCGUUUGUGCAGGCGGCCGGUGACCACGAUGAUCUUAAGCACGUAAGUCAGAAGGGUGAAUCGGUGUGCGUGGAGGUGCGCGCCUUCGAUAGUAGUGGCGGUUUGGAGGGAUUAAAGCUCGGAGUCGGGCAAGGUUCGUAGUCGUGAUCGUCGUGGUAGUCGUCGCUGUCGUAGUCGUCGUGCGUUCGGGCUGUUGUACGCCCGUCGCUGUCCUCGCAAACUUGCUCGGGCUCUUUAGUACUCUCACCUCACUUGUGUAAAGACUGUUUAAGGGAGAGUCUUGCGCCAAGACACUCACUGCGUAGCCUGAGGAACGAUGGCUGCCCGUAGCCCAGCCGGAAGUGGAACUGGAACGCGGAGAAUGACGGAGGUUUCCUCUCUGGUACGGUAUCUGCUCGCUGACACAUGUCCAGGUACAACAUCGCCCUUGACUUCGAGACUUCCAGUUUCAGUCCAGACUCUGAUGGAGGACUUCUCACCGGCACAGGGUCGCUGCUGAGGGACGC